CCUACUGACGUCAUCUCUGUUUACAAACUCUAACCUAACCCGGAAACAACAGACGUGAAGCCGCCACAGAAAAACCACAGACGUGAACUUGUACAUUCCCGAUGGAGAUGUCGUAUCAGUCCAUGAAGAUCGCGCAUCAAGCUCGAGAGGCGGAAGAUCUGCGGACGGCGAUGAGGAGGAAGAGUCUACUCAUCCUCAUCUACCACCACCUGCUGGGGCAAGGCUACAUGGAAGCAGCAGCGGCCUUGGACCAAGAGACGAAUGGAGAUGCGAGGAAGUUCGAGGUCUGCGACAACAUCGAUCUGGAGAUGGUGCUGAUGGAGUACGAGAGUUAUCACUACGUCAAGUUCCAGAAAAAUCCCAAACUUAUCAGAAGGACAGCGGAACCAGUUGAAAACAGAUUUGUUAAAAGUGGUGGAGUAAAGAGGAGUCCGUGUUCAGCUGGGAAGCGUCUUCCAAAAAUCAACCCAUCCAAGAGACCAGAGUCUGGAAACGGAGCCAAGAAGACAACCACCAGUGAGAAUGGCUCCUCUGUUCCUCCAGAGAUUUCAGACUUUGGUCUCAAUGUUUCGUCCAUCAGAAGUGGACCAGCAGGGGACGUAGCGGGGGACGUAGCCAUGAACAGAAAGGAACGGCUGCUGAAGCCGCUCAGUGGCUUCUCAGGAAUGAACAGAGAGAUGUCUGAACUGGCUGAAAUCAUCAGCAGGGACAUCUAUUUGCACAGCCCCAACGUGCGCUGGGAGGACAUCAUCGGCCUGGAGGAUGCCAAGCGAUUAGUCAAAGAGGCCGUCGUCUAUCCCAUUAAGUACCCCGAGCUAUUCACAGGCAUCCUGUCUCCGUGGAAGGGCUUGCUGCUGUACGGCCCCCCAGGGACAGGUAAGACCCUGCUGGCCAAGGCCGUGGCCACAGAGUGCAAGACGACCUUCUUCAACAUCUCGGCCUCCAGCAUCGUCAGCAAGUGGAGGGGAGACUCUGAGAAACUGGUCAGGGUCCUGUUUCUGCUGGCCAGGUACCACGCCCCCUCCACCAUCUUCCUGGACGAGCUGGAGUCAGUGAUGGGGCAGAGAGGAGCCAGCACAGGAGGAGAGCAUGAGAGCAGCAGCAGGAUGAAGACGGAGCUGCUGGUUCAGAUGGACGGACUCGUGAGAUCAGAGGAACUGGUGUUCGUACUGGCUGCCUCCAACCUACCUUGGGACCUGGACCACGCCGUGCUGAGGAGGUUGGAGAAGAGGAUUCUCGUGGGUCUUCCCUCCUCAGCAGCACGCCAGGCCAUGACCUCUCAUUGGCUGCCGCCUCUCACCUCCACAAGGGGAGUGGAGCUACGCACUGAGUUGGACUACGAAACCCUGGCAAAGGACAUGGAGGGCUACUCGGGCUCUGAUAUCAGAUUGGUGUGUAAGGAGGCUGCCAUGAGACCAGUUCGCAAGAUCUUUGAUGUUCUGGAGGCACAUCAGCAUGAAGACGCCCACCUGCCCACCAUCAAGCUGGAAACCGUGACGACGGCUGACUUCUUAGAAGUCAUCGCACACUCCAAACCCUCAGCCCGAAACCUGACGGACAGAUACACAGCCUGGGAGAGAGAGUACGAGUCUCUCUGACGCUCUAACAACGGUUACUGCUGCAAGAGACGUACCAGUGAAGUCCUCCAGUGCGCUGUCCUCCACCAGCAGCAGCGGCCGGUGUUGUUUCCGCUCCAGCAGACUCCUCGCUGCACUCAGAGACGUAAAGAUUUCCUUUUCCUGCAGAGUUUUCAAAGUUAAAAUCAGCAAAGAAACCACAUUUACAGUGAACAAAAUUAACACUUAUUUCCUCUAAAUUUCUCGAUCAUUACAGUAAAAGCAUCUGCACUAAAUUGAAUGACUUUGGUUGUUUCACCUGAAGGUUGAAUUUGAGGCGUUGCAAUCGUUCCAGUAAGCUCCUCUUACUCUCCUUAGUGGUGUUGGUCACAAACUUCACCGCUACAGACGCCUGACGUAACCUGACAACACAAACACACAAACCAAUGAUCAAUCUAAUGUGACCACAUAACACUGGACAAUUUGUGAUCUUCAAAAGAGACAGAGAAACGCUGUCAGUGGUUUUUAGUCCCUGAUCUUAAGGACCCAGAUUUAGUUUCCAUUCAUGCAGUAACAUUCAAACAGUCCCUGGUCUGGAGGCUGUUUCUUGCCUGUUCAGUGCUUCCUGUGCCCCAGGUACCGCUGUGUCCUCGAUGUGCAGAGUUCCACUCAGGUCAAUGAGCACGGCCUUCAGAGCUCGUCUGCCCGACAUGUUUCCUGCAGGAGAAACGUUUUGUUUCAUGCUUUUCACCUGUAUUUGCUCUGGUUCCUGACUUUAGUUCAACCAAACACAAAAAGGACAUUUUCACCAGGUUUCUGCAGCUUCACCUGCUCAAGCUGUUUGAUGAGAGCUGCUUCUACUGCAGUCUCUGAUUAUGAUUUCAUAAAACCCCUCAAUAUGUCCAAGAUCCGCUGUAAAUGGAGCUUUACUCCGUUUAAAAAAAAGCUUAUUCUCUCAAAAAUAAUGUGUCAUUUUAGAGAUUAUGCGUUCCUAAUCAUAAUUUUGCAUCGGUAGUGGCCGAACUGAUCAGAUUACUGCGUUAUUCAAACCUGCAUCGGGACGAACUGAGAGGAUUAUUGACCGGUUUGUCUCAAGUAUUUAUGGUUUCCUGCCUAGAAUACAGAUUUUCGGAUUGUGUUUUAUUGGAAUGUGAUUUCAGACUGUGAUCCCCUUUUAUUUAGACAUGCUUGGAUUUCUGUCAUGUAGUUAUCAAUGGGAGGGUACAAUUAAUGCUCUUAAUGCCCACCCGGCACAGCUUAAACACACACACACACACACACGUUUCUAUUACUUGUAUUUAGCUGAACUGAUAACAGGAAACUGUGAGAAGGGCCAAGCGGAGUAAAAGCUUAUUUCUGAGCAUCGCAGCAGUUAAAGGAAACUGGGGCUGUAACAAGCUAUUUCUACUUUAUUCAUUCAGGUGGUCCCAGUGAAUUAUGAUCAGAUGAAAACUGUCGGAAAACCUGCAAAGACAAUAGAUGUGUGAAAUAGAUUUUCAACCAGUUAGACAGAACCGCCCACGUUGUAAUAAUAUUCAAUACUAUACAGCGACCAUGGGUUGUGUGAAUAAGCAUAACAUUUAGUUGAUAUCCUACAAUAAAUCCCAAAUAUUUUCAAUAUAUUGAGUAGGUUUUGUAGGAAAUCUUUAAAAGACAGUAAUUUAGGUCUUUAUCACAGCAUCAUAACAAAUGACAGAGGAAGCCUCCAUUUCAUUCAAGUGUUAUUUAGCUCAGGCCCUGGAUCAUGCAGCUUUUGUUAAAGUUAUGAUUCUACUCCAGAGGUUUUCCUACAUCACAAGUCAAAUAUCUGCUCUGAAAGUUAAAGCACAAUAAUCAAGGUAUUAAUUUUCAUAUUUUCCUCAUUCACUGGAUCUAGACUCAGGUGUAUUUGCUGUGUUUUCAUCCAUUUCUACAGCAUCUCUGUUACAUUCCUGUAAAUAAACCAUGUAAAUAAACUCUC